AUGGGAAGUUCAUGCAUUUCGAAUUAAAAGGAUUCUCUUUUUGAAGAUGUUGCUUCUGUAUAAAUAAACUCUAAAGAGAAAGGAAUCUAGGGUAUCAACCAAACAAUCAAGGCCAAUUUCUAGUAGGUUAAAGUAUUGAAGGAAACCUUAGAUGAGGGAAUCUAAAUCUCCAACAUCCAGACCAUUGUGAUUCGACCGAGAUGCGAAUCAGAAAGUGCCAAAAUAAUGAGCGAUUUAAUCAAGUUCGGCAAUCAGAUCACUAUUAUAUCAAAACGAAUGCCAGAUAGCCCUGUUUCGAGCAUGAAAUCGAUUUCUAAAAAAGGGAUUCUAAAGAACAAAUAAGAGAUUAGUGUGACUAAAUCAGCAGAUGGAGACGUGUUCUUUCCAUCCCUAUACAGAACUAGCGGCAAAAACAUCAGAUUCAAGGGGUGA